AUGAAUAUUUCAGCGGGCGGCGCCGGCGCCGGCGCCUGUCAGCGUGGGCCUGACGGCGCCGCCAGGGGCGGGAAGGAGAAGCCAAUAAAUUUGCGGGCAGUGUCAAAUGCACAGCCUUGCGUUUAUCGUAGAAAAAAGUUGGUGGCCAGCGAAGAGGCAGGCAGCGCACUCACUCCAUAGCAUAAACAUGCAGGAAAACGCAGAACUCGAAAUUUAGGUAAAUUUAAAUUGAAGAAAAAAUCAGAAAUAAUCUGCCACAAUGAAAUUAAGGGAACUGUUUGAUUUUCUAUGCAUUUAAUCGCAAUACUUAUGAAUAUUCGAAUGGUUUCUCUCGCUCUAACAUAAGUUCUAGAGUUGUCCGUUCAAAGUUAGGUUCUACUACAAAUAAAUUUAGUUUUAAAACAAUUAUUGAUUACAAAGUGGAGAUAUUCUUCACGGGUCUGUAUUUAUAACUGAUACAAGAAUAAAUAC